GGGCGCUCCGCGGGAGCCGUUGGUCGUCGUCGGGGCUGGUGACAUGUCUGGAAGCAGUGGAGGCUGCCGCGGCCCCGAGAGCUGCUGAUGUCUUCUGUUGAAGUUGUUUGGUGACCUGUUCUCUCUGCUGAGCUGGACCCCCAGGUCCUCAUACUCCAGACCUGCCACUCUGCACUGCACCUCAUUGCCUGGUGUUUUUGAAGCAGUUCUUCAUCGAUUGAUUACAAACUACAUAUAGCUAUGGAUACUUAUCAGACUGUUAAAAGCAGUAAAAUAAAGACAAUGAAGACUACAGUGUCUGUCAAAAAAAGCUUCAUUGAAGGUGUACUCCGGUCUAUAAAGUCUUUGUUACAGAGCCAAAAGGAAUUAUGCAGUGUGUCAGCAGAGGAGUGCUUAAAACCAGAGGGACAAGCCAAUAUGAUUGAGGUUACCUUUCUAGGUUUCAAUGAAGAAACAGACGCUGGUAAUAUGCAGGAUUUAACUACAAUUUCUCUGGAACUCCCAGAUCUUCUGAAUUCCAUCCACUUCUGCAAUCUAAGUGAAAAUGAAAUUAUUCUUCUGAAGGAUAUGAAUAAGUCAUCAGAAACAAAUGCCAACCCUCAAAAACAGAAUCAUUUUUCCAGUGUGCUUUGUGUGAUGAGAGUAUCUCCAGCAACAUUCCCAAGACUCAGAGAUGACUUCAUAUUUAAUCUACUAAGCAAAUAUGCCACAGGCGUCAGAUAUGCCCUGGAAGCAUACUUAGGUCAGAAACGGCAGCUGGAGAAAUCUCAUGGAGAUGAUGAUGACACUAAUCAGUCGGUGUCUUCUAUUGAGGAUGAUUUUGUCACUGCGUUUGAACAGCUGGAUGAAGAGCAGCCUUCGAAGAUGCACAGUGACGGAAUGAGCUUUGCUGCGUUGCGGAGCCAGUGUGAUGCUGCUUCACAGACUAUCCCUGCCCACUGCUUAGAAGCCAGUGAUUCAGAGGUCCUGGUUAGCUCUAUGCGACAGAAGGCAGUGGCCAAGUCUUCACCUUCCCAAAUAAAUGUUUUGGGAUUUAAGGAGCGACCUUCCAAUGUGAAAAAUUCAGUCACGACAUCUAUUUCUGAACCUUGGACUCAGAGGAGUUUCUAUAAGUCAUGUCAUCCUUCAGAUACAAGUGUUACUUUACAGAAAACACUGUUUUCAUCUUCUCCUGCUGAUUCAUCUGAAUCAGAAUGUUCAAGCCCAAGCCCUGUUAUUUUCUUAGAUGAAGAAGGGUAUCAAAAAAGCUUAAAAGCAAAACUUGAGUUGCCUAAGAUUCCUGUAGGGAAAGAUGGUAUAGAAGACUCAGAUUCUGAAAUAGGUGAAUUUUUUGACAGUUUUGAUCAGUUUGAUGAGCUAGAACAAGCUUCGGAUGCUUCUUGUCAACUUAAAUGGGAAUCUGUUGUAGGAAAGCCAUCCAAAAAAAGAGUUCACAAACAUGGGGAAUCUUGUUUUAUUACCACUACUAUGAAUCCUCAGAAGUUCAAGUUUGAUCGUCCCACUCUCCCAGCUAAUGUAAGAAAACCAACUCCUCUUAAACCAGAAUCCCCCUACAGUAAUUUGUAUGAUGUCCCAGACUCCCCCCGCCCGGUGAAGACAUCAGGGGAGGACAGUGGUUUGUUUAGUCCCAUCCGAUCUUCAGCUUUCAGCCCUCUGGGGAGCUGCACUACUACUGAAUGCUACUGCCACAUUGAUGUCAGUGGGGAGAGGUUUAAUGAAGAUCAUGAUAACAUUUAUCAUACGUACUCUGAUUAUGCAAACAAUGUUUCAUGUGAAAUACUCGGCUCUGUUUUUCAUUCUCAGUUAGUCCCCAGACACGCUGAAAGUACAUCUUGCAUUGAUAGUCUUGUAUCCACAGAGGGAAAAAUUCUAACUGUAGACCUUCAACACAGGACACUUGACUGGAAAGUAAGAUCAAAACACAAAUCUUUAAUGAUUAAAGAGAAUAUUCAGAAAUAUGCUGCUGAUCUUGUGGAAAAAAGUUUUGGCCAUGCUUUUAAAGACUUACAGAAGGGAGUCUCUUCAUGUACCAGUGCACUUUGUAGCUUAGCGGUAAAAUUGACGUCCUCAGUUUUUGAUAUGGCGUUUAAUGAAAUUGGAAGGCGGAGAGCAUUUUUGCUGAAGGAGCGUGCCAUCAGUGGUUUGGCCAACUUUCUGGUUGGGGAUGCUCUAACCAGCGCUUUACGAGAUUUACACUAUGUCAAGAAGCAGAUAUUUACUAACACUGCUGCCAGGUUUGCAGCAGACCUUGCUGAAGAACUUAUUUUUGAAGGCCUUAUGGAAGUGUGCCAGUUUUCCCAUCCACCAACACCCACAGGGACACACAACAGACCUUUGGAUUAUGAAGACAAAGUAGUUAGGUCAUAUGCAAAGGAUUUGUCUGAAUCUGUCAUACAGGAAGCAUUCAUUGAGCUAUCACAAGUUGAUGUGACUUUUACCACAAAAGCAGCAAUUAGUGUCUCUAUGGAUAACAUCAAGUAUGUCAGUGCAGAAAGUGUGUUGCAGUCAACACAAACCUCAACUUCUUUUCCUACUUGUCAUGAUCAAGUACUGACAGCAUUGAAUCCAGUACAGGACUACGGAAAAGAAUACACAGUACAGCAGGCCUUGUUUUGUACUUCUGGCAUUGUAACUUCCAUACCAGUGCCCUUGGCAGGGAGUGCCCUUGGCAGAUACCAUAUUUCAUCUAAUAUAUGUCAGGAAAGUUCUCAUCUGCCAUCAGAUAAUAGUCAUAAAAUGUACAAUGAUUCUACUCAAACGUACUUCAUGACAAAAAAUAAGGAAGAGGAAGUAGCUCGUCUUAGAAAUACUUAUCUGCCUUCAAACCGCAAUCCAAGUAAUGAAAAUAACUAUGAAUUUUCAUAUAACCAGAAUGAUCUUAAAUUAACAAAUAGCAUUGGAAUCAAUAGCUGUUCAGAAUUAGCCUGUGGUCUAUCAGCUAUCAGUAGUUUCUCUGGAACCAUGGUAGAUAUGAUAGUAACUGAAACUUAUGAAGCAAUUGCAUCCUCCAAAGUUACCAAAGCAGUUGGAGAAUCUUCAGAUUAUUUAAUGGAAGACAAAGCAGAAGGAAAAAACCCUUUGCCAUAUGGUGGAACAUCUCUACAGAAUGGUGAAAGUAGCUCUAAAAACUGUUUUGCUGAUCAUUUAUCUAAAUAUAUUAUAAAGCACUCUAUAGAUGAAAGCAAAUUUGUAGCAUCAAAUAAUAAAAAUGUGGCACACAGUGCAGGUAUGCCAGCAUGCUCAGGCAGUAUGAGAAAAGAUGUAUCUAGUUUGAUAAAGAAACAUGAAACAACAGAGAAACAACAAUUUUUGCCUGCCCUUAAAGAGGAGCCACAGCUGACCCCAGAUAAGCCAACCAACUUUCAAGAUGGUCUAGAUCAGUCUACUCAGGAUAUAUCUUCAUUAGUAAAGGAUUAUGUUCCAGAAUAUAAAGGAUCCAUGGCUCUCAAGUUGUCUUCAGGUGCACUCCCACCUUGUCUGGAUGUAACAUACCAAGGACAGAAUACAGAGGAACUCAGUGAGGCAAUGGAUUCUUCAAUAAAGCCUCUUGACAGAUCAUUGAAAAAACAUGACCUGAAUAAGAGUGUGCUUGGUCCUCUUCCUUUUGGGCAAGAAAUCUGGUUUUCUCCUGCUCAUACUUUCUCACCUACAGUGCUUCCUGGUGAAGACAUUUCACAGGUGGAAGAUAAACAGAAAAUCAGAGAUGGGAAUAUAAUACCUGAUACCCCCCCUCCAACUCCUCUAGUACCCCCCCAGACUAGUUCAGAGCAGAACCUAAGGAAAUUAACUAAAAAGCUCAAAGGAGAAUUAGCAAAAGAAUUUGCACCUGCUACACCACCUUCUACACCUCGAAAUCUGUCUCUUAGUGGCUUAUCUGAAAAUGAGCAAAAUACCAUAGAAAAAGAAGAAUUUAUGUUGAAGCUCAUGAGGUCUCUUUCAGAAGAAGUUGAAAGCAGUGAAGAUGAAGAAUAUCCAGAAAUGCAUAUGAAGUCAGAGUGUUCAGAGAAAACAGCUCAAUAUGCAAAUAAUUUAGCUACACAUAUAAUUUCUUUGGCAACUGACAUGGCUGCUUCUUAUUUACAUAAUAAAAGCUUCCAAGGACCUAGUACAAAAUCUCAUUCAAAAGUUCAGAGUCAAACAUCUGAAUAUACUACACUUGUAAAUAAAGAUGAGACUUUACAGUGCUUACAGGAUUAUGCAGGUGAUGUGGCUGGGGACAUCAUCAGAGAGGCUAAGAAAAUGGUAAAAUCAAAACAUUAUAAACUACUGAGGCUAAAGAGAGACUGUUGCUCAAAAGAGAAGUGGAAUACACAGUCUGAACAGUGGCUGAGAGAAGCCGAUCCACUUAGCCAUUCAUUAUGUCAGAAUUCCUACAUGUCAGGUCUGACAUCCAAGUAUCCCAGCUGUGAAAGUGUGACAGAUGAAUAUGCUGGUCAUAUUAUCCAAGUUCUGAAAAGGGAAGGUGCUAAUAGUGAGUUAAUUAUGGAUCAAUAUGCUAGUCGACUUGCUUAUAGAUCUGUUAAAUCAGGACUGCAACAAGCAGCCAGGAAAAUCCAACUCAAAUAUAAUAGAAAAAUAUUCCCUGUACGAAGCUCACAGAUGAACAGUAAGAAAGAACUGUUAAAAUUCUUGAAUAAAGAUAAGCAUCAAAUAGAUAAAAAAGAACAAGGCAAAAGAAAUAUAGGCCAUCUUUGUGAAAACCAAGCUGAUGAAAGGGCUAAACUUACACAGAGAAUUGAAUGUCCGGAGUUGUUAAGAUUUUCAGACUCUCUUGCUUACAGCAUAACACGAGAUGUCACAAGAAAGCUAAAAAUGUCCACUGUUGGCUUGCCAAAAUCUUUAACAGAUUCUUGCCUUUAUAAAAAAUCUACAUGUGAUGAAGAUAUGGGGGCUUAUGUUGAAUCAGCAUUUUCUAAAUCUCUUCAAUUUUCUUCUCCAAAACAAAAACUUUACCACAGCACAGGCAGCUUAAAUGAAUAUGGGUAUGGAGACAGCAUUAUUCAAGCUAUAGAGCAAUAUGCCAAAAAAAUAGUAGAUGACACUUUAGAAAUAAGUUUGGAAUCUGCAGUUCUCCAAGUUUCUAAGAACAGAAAAUCAGCUGACAGAUUUACUUAUGCUGAAAAGUUGUCACCAUUUUCUGGUACAGCUUGCAGGUAUUGUAACCUGAAAGAACACGAAGAUUGUAUGGGGAAAUCGUCACAGUACUUUUUUGGACAGGAGUCCUCUGCUAGAAACAAACCAGUAUCUAAUUCAGAACUUGUAACUGGCUGUCAGAAGUCUAGACUUUUUCACUUUGAUGUUCCCAGAAUCCAUAUUGAUCUUGAACAGAAGGUGGUAUUGGCUGAAAAGAUAGUUGCUGCAGCUAUUGAAAAAGCAGAAAGAGAAUUAAGUAAUACCAGUAUGGCAGCUGAUAGUGGAAUUGGGAAAGAUGGCGUGAGCUUUGCUGACAGCCUUACUGCAGAAAUAAUGACUUCAGCUAUGACGAACAUUGGUCGCAAUGUUAACAUCAGUUCAAUAGGAAAAGAAGGAUUUCAGUCAGUUGAGUCUGUUGGUAGCCAGCAGAUGAGUCUGAGUAUUGGUGAUGACAGUAGUUGGUCCAAUCUAAGUUUCGAAGAUGACCAUCAGGAUGAGAGCAGCAGUUUUCUUCAUCUCAGUGACAGUAAUGGUAACAGCAGUAGCUGGAGCAGUCUUGGUUUAGAAGGAGAUAUGUAUGAGGAGAAUUUAUCCUUUCCAACAUCAGACAGUGAUGGAACAGAUGAUAAAGAUGAAGAACAUAAACAUGAUAUAGAAGGUUUGGAGAAAGUUGGGAAGAAACUGCUAAUAGUGAAUAUUGAUAUGGCUUCAUGUGAUGUGGAUUCUCAGCUGAGGCUUGCCCUUCAGUGGCUGGCUGCAUCUGAGGCAGAGGUGGAGCAACUUUAUUUCCAUGACUCUGCAAAGAAAGAAUUCAUGCUGCUUUCAAAAAGAGUACGGGAGAAAGAAUGGAAAGUGGGAGACCUCUUGCAGGCAGUUCUUAAAUAUUAUGAAAUGAUGGAAAAGGCUUCUGAUGAGGAGAGAUGCAAACCUCUGUUUUGUUGGAUCUUGGAAAAUGCAUAAAACAAAUCCAGCCACUGUACAGUUUAUUCCUCCUUUUGAGUGAAAAGAUAUAUAUGCAGGAUAAAAUGUAACUAACAAACAUUAACAUUGUUAGCAUAGUUGAAGGUAAAUAAAUAACCUUUUUUCAGUUACUUGUGAUAUAUACACAGUAUGAUAAUCCAAUUCAUAUCUUUGUAAUCUGUAUUGGAAUAUUAUCUUCAUUUAUUCUUCUAUCCAUGUGUUUGUCAUAUUCAGACUAAGAAAUUGGUAUAUGAAAGGAAGUCUGAUGAUGAAGCUCUCAGGUGACUUUGUCUUGCAGAAUUUUCGUUGUGUCCAGUAGUGCUGCUAAAAACUGCAUUUGUGAUUUAUUGAAUACUCUUUUAUUACUGAGAUGGCUGUUAAUAGAAUUUAGCUGGCUAGUAAGAUUUAUAACACUUUUACUUGCUACAAUUUUGCAACAUAUGUGCCCCUUUGGGAAAAAAUAGUAUUAAUGACUAAUUUAACAUCAAUUAUCAAUAAGAUUGAGGCUAGUUUUUUCUUCUGGAAAAAUUUGUCAUUUGGCCAAUCUUUUUAAAUCAUAGUUUUAUUUUUCAUAGUUAAGAUACUAUCAAACUUCCUACUGUAACUGCUUGAAACAGAACAACAUAAUUUAUUAAAGAGCAGAUACGUUAAAAUUUUAAAGUUGCUACAAACACCGUAAGUGAUAGGUUUCAUAAUCUUUGAUCAAGCAAAACAAAUGAUUUGCCAAUGUUGCCAAUUUAUGUUGGAAUGAAAGUAUGUAUGUGAGAAAGAGUGCGUGUAAGUAAAGAUCCCCUUGGCUUUGCAAAUGAUUUUUGCCCUAUUUCUAAGAUUUCAUUUUAUUUCACUUGUGUCUUAGGGAGAACUCGCUGUUGAACUUUAUAAAGGUGCUUUAAAAUCUGACAUCACAAUAAGAAGAGCUUUGAUUUCUGUUUGUUGCUAUUUACAUAUUAAAUUUCCAAUUUUACUCUAUAAUACUGAAAAUAGAGAUUAUUUAAAUUGAAAAACAAUGCUAGAGCAGGCAUGCUUUUCAUAGAGAGAAACAGUCAUACAGUUGAUUGACAGAUUUUACAACAGCACUACAGUCUGGUAUCAACUUUCUUCAGAAGAGGUAAGACUUUCCCAAAUUUCAGAAAAUGUGGUAUUGGCCUUUUAAAAAUUUUUUUAAAACCUUAUGUGCUAUUUUUCUACAACACAGUAUUUCACUAACCCUUUGGAUGAAAUGUUUCCUACUGCUUGUCUUUGUAAAUUGAAAGUUGAUACAAGCCAGAGAUUAGGAGAUCUAUAUCAUAUUACAUCAUAAGUUUUUAUUCAGCUUUCAGUCUUACUGAUAGCUAGAAGGCCUUCAACACAUCCCUCAUUGUGGCUACUUCUAUUUCUGUUGUCUUUUUUCCUGAGCACCAAAUACGCACAGAAUAGAAGGCAUGGCCUUUUCUCAGAACACUUACAUUGAGUAAUAGUAUUAUUAUUACAGUGAAGUUCUCGCUCUUUUUUUUUUUUUAAAAGCAAAGUGCUAAAAAAGUAUUUGAAUACCUUAUGAUUUGUGGCAAACUUUGAGAUUGUUUUAUAUAGGAAAACUGCUGAAAUAGACCAAACCUUUACCAUUUAUUUUAUUUCAUCUUGAAAUUAUUUUUUUUAACUGGACUGAGAAACACAGGAAAUUAGGCAGAAUUUUUAUUACUUUUUCAGACGGUGAGAUGAAGCAGUGGACUGCUAUAAAUAUUAGGAUUAUUUUCUCUUAUUGACCAUAAAGUGGGUUAAUUGCAUAUUAUAUUUUAGAUUGUAUUUUUCAUAUCUGUUUUUAAAAAAAUCUGUCAUUGCAUUUAACAUGAAUAGUCAAUCAGCAGCAAACCAAAAUUCUGAAUUUGUUUUAUUCUGAAGUGGCGAUGUAACUAAUUGCUUUGCAGAUCUUUUUCCAAACAUAGAGAUUUUUGUAGGUUUCUCAGUAAUUCUUGUUUUCAGAUUAGAUUUUGCUUACAAUCUUGCCUCCCUCACAGUUCUUUGGAACAUUACUGAGUUCAGAGAUCCAUUAUAGAAGUACAGAGUUGUUAAUAAGUGUGAUUACUAACAGUAAAAAAAAAUGGAAAUUUCAUAUUCAUAUCAGGACUGUGACAAUAGAAGUCAUUUUAAAGUAGAUAGUAUAGCCAUUAUUUAAGUUUCUUUGUAGAGAGAAAAUAAUAAGGCUCAAACAGUAUAUUCAAUCAAUCCCACAGUUCAAAAAAUAUUUUUUAAAAGAUGCCUCUGUGUGUGUGUGUGUGUGUGUGUGUGUGUGUGUGUGUGUGUGUGUGUGAUUUUUCCAGUGAUAUUCCAGUUCAUUUUGAUUGCUUAGGUUAUUCUUUAACUAUGUUUGGAACAACUGUCAUUGACAUUUUUUAAUGACAAAAACUGCUUGAUGUUCUAAUUUCAUAAAAUGUCCAAUUUGUGGGGAUUUAAAUCCUGAUGAAAUGUAAUGACUUGUUCUGACCUGUUCAAAGUUGUGACUUGUGUUGAAUUUGAGUUCCAUCUCAAGCCAUUGCAAGAAGUGUAGAAAUAAAAAUCUAAAAAGACUGAAGAUAAAAUGAGAUAUGCUUUAGUACAUCUUUAUUUCCAGACUGAUUAAAGUAUGUGCUAAGAUUUGAUUCUUUUAGAUGGUCACUUUCAUGAAAAGAGAUUUGUCAUGUUUUUGGUAUGUUUAAAAUUAGUACCUGAUUUAUUUUAAGAUUCUUUGUUUUACACAAAUGAUUCCUUCACAAACCACAGAGAGACUCUCAAGGUUUGAUAAGGAGUGGGGAAAAAUUUGAAAUACCUUUGGAUAUAUGUAGUAGUGUCUUUAUUUUAAAAAAUACUUGCAAAUUUUAAAUAAAUUAUCUGUAAAGUUUAGUUUAGCCUAAAUAAUGAGUUUUAUUUUGCUACUGAGAGGGUUUUAAAUUGGUUACUAAAUGUGCCAUUCAGUAACAUAAAAAUGAGUACUUUACUCAUGUGACUUUGAAGGAAUUGGAACUAAACUUUGCAUUUGGAAAAAAGUACAUUCUCAUCAAUGUGUAUUUUAGGGGCUGGUUCAGCAGAAAUUAUUCUUCAAGAUUUGAUAUUGUCAGUAAUUCAAUCUAUUAAUAUAUCAUACUUUGAAAUUUACAAUUUUCUAAGGUAACUUUCCAUUUCUUUUUGUGGAGGGGAGGGGAAGGAAGGAAAAGGGAAGGGUACAGUGGAAAUAAGGAGCUAUUUGUUCAUCCUUUGGGUAUAGAAGAACACCCAAAAUUACAAAUUCUGUCACCAGCACAUGAAGUUUAUAUACAAAUUAGUGGGUAUUGGUGAUUAUUAGUACUAAAAGGCCAAAAAAAAAAUUUUUUUUUCUGGUUUCUUUCUUCCCUCUCUUUUCUUUUGGGUGGAAAAAGUAAGAAUAACAAAUGUCAGCAAGAAACUUUCAAGCAUUUACUGUGUUCUUGUUUUGAAGAGAGAGAUACAGUAUUAGCUACUCUCAUUAUGUUUUGUAACAUUUGUGUACAUUCCUUUUGUAUAAGUGAAGUUAUAGUUCUACAAGUUCAUUGUUAGGUUUGAAUAAUAUUUAAUAUUAAUUGGAUUUGCUAUUUUUGUUAUUUGUGCAGUGGUACAGUAAUUCACACCCUUAGUUUAAUGAGUCAGAUGUAUACUGAAAACAGUAACUCUUUAUGUAACUCAGUCUUGUAUUUUGUAACAGUGGCAUUUUUUGCUAUUCAGUAAUUUCAUGGUAUGUUCACUUUCCAAGUGAUGAACUCCAGUUGCACUCAGUUGUCUUUGUUUUUGCAGUGGCUUAAAAUAAAUAUUUCAAAAAAUA